AUGCACAAUAAAUAUCACAAACAAUGUCCCAAUAAAUUUACGUCCGUAUCGGUGCUCACCAUCGGAUCAACAGGAAAAAUCAAUUUCUAUUAUAAAUUCAUACCAAAUGCAUGCAAACAACUAAACCCAUUAUAUAAUCUACUCAAAAAAGAUACUCAAUUUAAAUGGGAUACCGAAUGUGAAAAUUCAUUCAAAUGGGUUAAAACAUACCUAACAAACAAACCAGUCUUAUCUAUAUAUGACGCAAAUAAAGAGUGCAUACUCUAUACCGAUGCCAGCAAAAUAGGUACCGGUGCCGUGCUUAAGCAGAUGCAAAGUGACGGUAAACUACACCCGAUAGGCUACUUCUCUCGUAAGUUAUUAAACUAUCAGAAAAACUAUAAUGUCUCAGAGCUUGAGUGUCUAGCACUGGUCCAGUCGCUUGACUACUGGCAUCAUUAUCUCUACGGCAAUCAAGUGAUUGUAUACUCAGACCAUAACCCAUUAAAGUGGUUAAACUCAAUUAAAAAACCGACAACACGUUUGUUCAAUUGGGCUCUCAGGAUAGGACAGUAUAAUCCUGAUGUCAGAAAACAAAAGUUGGGAUCACUGUCCCAAAUAGGUCCGGCACAGCAACCGUUUGAUAUCAUAUCCAUUGAUACAGUCGGUGGUCUGGCCGGGUAUAACUCAAAGAAACAGUAUAUUCAUGUAGCUAUUGAUAACUUCAGUCGCUUCCUAUGGACUACCGCUUCCAGUACUCAAAGUGCUAAGGAUUUUAUACAAUUAAUCAAAAAUGUUUGUCAAACACAUAAACCAAAACUAAUUCUGGCCGACAGAAUUGCUGGAUGUUUUGCGCAAUCAUCAUCACCAACAUCAUCGUCAUCAGCAUUACAGUCACAAUCAGAUAUAUUUGAUUGUAACGAUGGUAUCGUAACCUAUGAACUGUUAACGGGUCAGGUGUUCACCAAUCCGUCCGAUUCGGUGACAAUGAUGCCGGGAGUACUGCAUCUGACCGACUGUAUGAAUAUGUGUUCGCGGAACAACUCGUGUCGUGCCGUCAACUUUGAGACCGGACUCUGUGUACUAUUGAGGACAUUGCCCGGCAAUGAACAGCCCGAUCCAUCAUCUCAGUCACAGUUCCCAGUAUUCACUAUAUUUGCCCAAAAGAUAUGUCUAUCAGACAAAAAGCAGAUGUGCAACAGGGGCUGGGCUUUCGAAAGGGUUAAAGGUUUUGAAAUGAAAAAGUAUAGCAAAAAAGCCGUUAAAGUAAUGACAAGACAGGAAUGUAUGCAAAUGUGUCUCAACGAAAAUGACUUCGAGUGCCGAUCCGUUAACUUUGACUAUGAGUCCAAUGAAUGCUCCCUUUCCGAUAUGGACAGGAAUACCAUCACUUAUAAUAUAAUUAAAUCUAGAAAAUAUGGUCCGUCAUCGGGCAGUGUUGACUAUAUGGAAAAUAACUGUAUUCAAGAGCCAAAAAAAUUAUGUGAUUUUAAGCCAAUAAAUGGCAAAAUAUUGAAAACAGUUGACUCUGUGUUUGAAAAUGUUAAGACCAUAGAGGAGUGUAAAGAAAAAUGUCUGAACAGUCCCUAUCGGUGCCAUUCAUAUGAUUUUGGUGACCCAUCUAACACUGUUUGUCGUACAUCCCAUUUGGACAAAAAUUCAUUGUCUCACGUAGAAAAUCCAUACAUUGAAAUAGCAGGUGCCACCACUUAUGAACUGGUCUCCUGUUACAAUGUAACAAUUUUGUGUCGAUCCCGUGAGAUGAUAGCCAAAGUUAGGACAACAAAAGUAUUUGACGGCAAAAUCUAUGCCAAAUCAAAGCCAAAUCUAUGCGUCAAUGAUAUUAGUAAUAGUCUAGAGUUUGAGAUUAAGAUGAAAUACAAUGACGUUGAGUGUGAUGUCAAACAACAAGAUAAGGGACAGUUCAGCAAUGAUAUUGUCAUUCAACAUCACGACAUGAUUGUCACCACUCAGGACCUGUUGCUUAACGUUCACUGCAAAUAUGAUCUCUCAAACAAAAGCAUAUCAAACAAUGUGAACCUUGCGGUCGACGGUGAUGUAGACACUACUGGUCACCACUCGGAAACAGUUAGCUCACCGAACGUAACGAUGAGAAUCACUGAUCUAUACAGAAGUGACAUAAUGUCAGCACAGGUCGGGGAUUCACUUUUGCUGCGCUUCUCUAUCCUCGAACAGAACAGUCCGUAUGAGCUAUUUGUUAGAGAGUUGGUAGCUAUCGAUGGACAGGACAUGUCUGAGAUAACAUUGAUUGAUAGUCAGGGCUGUCCAACCGAUUCACUAAUAAUGGGUUCAAUGGGUAAAGCAGACGGUGACGGCCAGAUAUUGGAGGCCCGUUUCGAUGCCUUCAAGUUUCCCACUUCAGACGUCGUCCAAUUCAAAGCACUGGUAGCUCCGUGUUUGCCAUCCUGUGAACCAAUCAAAUGUAGUAUAACUGGUGCCGACGGCCGCACCAGUGAAAUGCAUUCUUAUGGUAAACGAAGACGAAGGAAGAGAGACGCCGACGAAGUAUUGGUUGUCCAGUCAUUGAGUGUUUCCGAUAAGUUUGGGUUUCAACGAAGUCAACGAAAGUCAGACUCAAAUGAUGACAAUAUGUCUGUUAUGAACGCUUCAAAAGAGGAGAAAAUAGUUGAAGUAAACUCCUGUAAAAACAUAUUUGGUAUCAGUUUAAUAGUAUUGACAUUUAUUUUGGCCCAAACCAUACUUGUGGUCACAUUUGCCUGUCUCUGGUCCGCCAAACGCCGUGAUCGGGCACUGACCAACCGUGAGUGGCCUCAAUCGCAUUUAAUCGCCAACGAGACGCCAUACCCGAGCAUCUGCAACGACUACAUGUAUCCGACCAGAAAACCACACUUUUGAAUAUAUUCAUAGA